AUGAGAAUACCGCCCAACGCCAUUUUCAUUUUUCCGCCCCCGUGCCCCGUCUUUCGGCCCAUCGGAAAAACUGAAAAGAAGCUAAAUAUUUUCGCAACCCGUGGUCGGAGAUUACCUUCGGUCCGAAAUAUCUUCAUCGUCUCCAUGCUCAAUUCAUGGUUGGCUCGAAAAAUUUCGCAACUCUCGGUGGCUCUCGGGCUUUUGGUGUCUGAAUUGAGUAAGGAGCCUUGGAAAGGGAAAGUGAUUACGUUCAGCGGAAGUCUCUAUCUUCAGACUGUCGAGGGUUCCAGCCUGAAUGAGAAGACAAAGUUUGUGAGGUGUGUGGAUUGGGGCGGGAAGAAGGUGUUUGAGUUGCUGUUUCAUGUGGCGGUGGACAAGAAAUUGAACCCGGGUCAGAUGAUCAAGAGACUGUUCAUUUUCAGUGACAUGGAAUUUGACGAGGCGUCUAAGAAACCAUGGGAGACUGAUUACCAUGGUUGUGCUAAAUUAUAA